AUGAUGCCGACGUUGACCCCUCACAUAUCAGUUCCGCGGCCCUCCUACUCCCAGGCCAGGGAGAACCUGGUGAAAGCCAUCCCACCCAAGCUGCUCUGUCUGCUGGCCUGUGGAGGAAUAGACUGCCGCUAUGAGGGACCAGACUGCUGGAAACUCAACCAACAAGAAAUCCGAGGCCUUUUCUCCUCCUGGGUGACCGACGAUAUAAUCGCUAUGUCACGACCAUCCAAUCAUCUAAUUGAGAAGUACAACAUCAUAGAUCAAUUUCAAAGGUUAAACAUCAGAUCGAUCAUCAACAUGCAGCUCCCAGGAGAGCACGCUCACUGUGGACCUCCUCUGGACCCUGGAAGUGGUUUCACCUACUCUCCACAGAUCUUCAUGGACAACGACAUUUACUUUUACAACUUUGGGAUGCCGGAUUUUGGAGUGUCGUCUCUUGUCGGUGUAAUUGACGCGGUGAAGGUUCUGGCCUUUGCAGUGAAGGAAGGAAGAGUGGCUGUGCACUGCCACGCAGGCCUCGGCAGGACAGGCGUCCUGAUAGCCUGUUACUUGAUCUACACCCUGCGCAUCAGCCCCAGUGAGGCCGUCCACUACGUGCGGAUUAAAAGGCCUCGUUCCAUCCAAACUCGAGCACAGAUCAGUCAGGUGUUCGACUUUGCUCGCCUACUUGGCACGCAGCUGGCCCAGUACCCAGACCUCAGCCUGCGGCACGGAGCCCCCUUCACCCUGCAGCACUACCUAAACCGACAAGCGCUACUGCUGCACGGCCAGGAGGCACGCAAUCUAAGACAUACACCCAAGGUGGUGUACCUCCUGUGUGUGAGACUCUCCUGCUUAGCCCUGGGUCUCCCUUCUCCACCAGAGGUCCACGCUGAGCUGGACAAAAGGUCAGCCCUGAGGGACCUGGGCAGGGCUGUGAGAGAGACCCUGGUGGCCAAACAGUACUUGCCGUUGCUGAGAGACGGUCGUAAGAGCUCGUGGGCGGGCUCCGGGUCGGUGUCCUCCUGGGACGAGCCGCUGGGGUUCUUAGAGAGGAAAAGAGAGGUUUUGCUGGACAAACGCAGCUACAGUGAAUCUGACCUCAGCAAGAUCACAGUAAAUGAGGUGAAUCCAUACUGCACCGCAGCACUUGGAAAUGAGAAACACUGGUGCGUACAAGACCUGAUUCAAACUGAUCUGAGGCCAGCUAGUCCGGUGCUUUCAUCAGGGCAUCAGACUACCAAGAAGGACUCUCAUACACUGAAUAUCCCAACGUCUGGCAUGAGAACAAGCAGCAGCUGUGCUAAGAGAUUCAAGUGCACAGCGAAGAAGACACUUCCCAAACACAACUCCAACAUGGAGUUGUGCAGAAAUCCACACAAUCCAGGCCCAACCUCGAUGGCACGUCCUGUUGCUAAAGCGAUGGCGGAACAGCGUCCUCCAGGGGAACUCAUUCUGCAACGGUCGGCUCUGCUGCAGGAGGAACUGAACAGCAGCGACUGUGGCUGGGCUCUGCUGGUCACUGAGUCGGAUCCUCAGGUUCUCUGUUGUCUCUUGUGGACCUGGCUGGAGAAGUUGAGGGAGCCUGUUCUGAGUGCUGAGGAUAUAGAAAAGCUGAGUGCUGGAGCGAGCAACCGGAAGACUCUCAGUGUGCUGAAGAAGCCACAGCGACACACCAUCUACUGUCUGCUGAGCUGUGUGAACACAGUGACCGGCCUGUGUCCACACAGAGAGGAUGCAGCGCUCCAACGGCUGAUGCGGGCACUGACGAGGCGCCCUCAAGAGGACCUAGGACGUCUUGCACCUUUGAUGAAAGUCUUGAAGGCCAGUUUGAGAGAAACCUUCCACAACUACAGAUACCUUGCGAGGGCCUGCAGCACCAACGCUACACUUUGAAGAGUCCACAUCAUAACAAAAUGUAGUCGAGAACAUUUUUUAUCUUUACACCCAAAAACAAAAUGCAGAAGAGGCUUUUUUUCACCAAAGACAUUUUGACAUGUCACACGCACAGCUGCAAACACUAAAAUAAAAACCAUCCGUCCUGUUGUUGUGCAUGAUAACACUCAUACCACACAUGGGACACUUAAACAGACCAGAGUUAAUGAUAAUGCUAUUCGUAUAGCACCUCGUAGCAUCUGUUGUUUUCCUGCUAUGACAAGUUAAAAUUUCUGCCGUGAAAAAUUCUGAGGAUUUGUUUUUUUUUCCCCCCUCGCGCAGCCUCAGGCAAGAUUUUGUCUCACUUCACAUCCUGUCGUUAUUCAUCUUCCCCCUUUUUAAAACAUGACAAAAAUAAAAUAGAUGUG